CGAGCGGAGGGCGCGCAGCUCCACCGUUGCCAGGACGCCGCGUAAACACCCGAGCGCGCGCAACCAGGUGCGCUCCUUGGGGCUGCUGGCUGCUGCGUUUGCGGCGGGAGGUGGUGGCCGCGGUCCCACGAGAGGAGGUAUUUUUCGUCAGCCAAGAUGGCUUCCAAAAGGAGAAAUAUGAACUGUAGUGAAAGGCAUCAGAAAUUAGUAGAUGAAAACUACUGCAAGAAAUUACAUGUCCAAGCGCUAAAAAACAUCAACAGUCAAAUCAGGAAUCGAAUGGUGCAGAAUGAAAAUGAUAACCGUGUUGAGCGCAAGCAGUUUCUCAGAUUAUUACAAAAUGAACAAUUUGAGUUGGAUAUGGAAGAGGCCAUUCAAAAGGCAGAAGAAAACAAGAGAUUGAAAGAACUCCAGCUCAAACAAGAAGAAAAACUGGCUAUGGAAUUGGCAAAACUAAAACACCAAAGUCUAAAGGACGAAAAGAUGAGGCAACAAGUAAGAGAAAACAGCAUUGAGCUCAGAGAAUUGGAGAAGAAAUUAAAAGCAGCUUACAUGAAUAAAGAAAGGGCAGCUCAGAUUGCUGAAAAGGAUGCCAUUAAAUAUGAACAAAUGAAACGUGAUGCUGAAAUAGCCAAAACCAUGAUGGAAGAACACAAGAGAAUAAUAAAGGAAGAGAAUGCUGCAGAAGACAAACGAAACAAAGUGAAAGCACAAUACUAUCUUGACUUAGAGAAACAACUUGAAGAACAAGAAAAAAAAAAGCAGGAAGCUUAUGAGCAGUUGCUAAAAGAGAAACUCAUGAUUGAUGAAAUUGUUAGGAAGAUCUAUGAAGAAGAUCGGUUGGAAAAACAACAAAAGUUAGAAAAAAUGAAUGCAAUGCGAAGGUAUAUAGAAGAGUUUCAGAAAGAGCAGGCUCUCUGGAGAAAAAAGAAACGUGAGGAGAUGGAAGAAGAAAACAGAAAAAUCAUAGAGUUUGCUAACAUGCAGCAGCAAAGAGAAGAAGAUCGGAUGGCAAAAGUUCAAGAAAAUGAGGAGAAAAGGCUACAGCUUCAGAAUGCGUUGACACAGAAAUUAGAAGAAAUGCUGCAGCAACGUGAAGAUUUGGAACAAGUGCGACAGGAAUUAUACCAGGAAGAACAAGCUGAAAUAUAUAAGAGGAAGCUAAAAGAAGAAGCAGAAAAGAAACUGAGAAAGCAAAAAGAGAUGAAGCAAGAUUUUGAAGAACAAAUGGCCUUGAAGGAAUUAGUACUACAGGCUGCAAAAGAGGAAGAGGAGAACUUUAGAAAAACUAUGCUAGCUAAAUUUGCUGAGGAUGAUCGGAUAGAAUUAAUGAAUGCUCAGAAACAAAGAAUGAAGCAGCUGGAACACAGGAGAGCUGUGGAAAAACUUAUUGAAGAACGUCGCCAACAAUUCCUUGCAGACAAACAACAUGAACUAGAAGAGUGGCAGUUGCAGCAAAGGCGGCAAGGAUUUAUUAAUGCAAUUAUUGAAGAAGAAAGGCUAAAACUUCUCAAAGAGCAUGCUACAAACUUACUAGGCUAUCUCCCUAAAGGAGUAUUUAAAAAAGAGGAUGAUAUUGAUCUGCUUGGUGAAGAGUUUAGGAAAGUGUAUCAGCAAAGGAGUGAAAUUUGUGAAGACAAAUGAUAACAUCAAAAUUGGGAUUUUGACAGAUAUUGAAGCAAAGUCAACUAGAUGCUGCUAACGGGAAGACACAAAGGAGUUACAAGUAAAAGAACGGAAAAAGAUAAGACAAUGCUAACACGAACUAAAAUAAAGCUUCAGUUGCAUGAAUAUCAAAUAAAGUUAAUACAGGUUGAAGUCUGAGAUCCAAAAUGCUCUAAAAUCUAAAACUUUUUGAGUGCUGACAUGAUGCUCAAAGAUGAAAUGUCCACUGUAGCAUUUCUAAAACACUUCUGGUACCAAGCAUUUCAGAUAAGGGAUACUCAACCUGUAUCAGAAUGCAGGAACAAAAAUAAAUAUAAAUAAAUAAUAAGAGGUCAAUUCAUUCAAGAGGAUUUAACAAUCUUCUUAGAUAUUGGGUAUUAAUACACCUAAUAACCAAGUCUCAAAAUACAUGAUGCAAAAAUUGAUAAGACUGAAAGGGAAAAUAGACAAACUCACAGUUCUAUUCAGAGUUCAGUACCCCUCUCUUUAUCACUGACAGAACAAGGACACAUAGAAUACAUAAGAUACAGAAGUGUUGAACAACACUAUCAAGCAAUUUGACAUAAUUGACAUUUAUAGAAUACUCCACCUAACAAAUACAGAAUGCACAUUCCUAUCAAGGGCACAUGAAAUAUUUACCAAUUUAAACCAUAUUCUGGGCCAAAAAAAGUAUCCAUGCAUUUAGAAUGAUUCAAGUAAAACCAAAUGCAUUCUCUGUCCACAAUGGAAUUAAAAAUCAGUAAGAAUGCUAUUUGGGGAAAAUCCCCAAAUAGUUGAAAAAUGAAAUGACAAACUUUUAAAGUUUGUCAUGGCUCAGAGGAAAUAAAAAAGAAAAUUAGAAAGUAUUCUGAAUAGAAUAAAAAUGAAAAUACAAAAAAUCAAAAUUGGUGGGAAGUAGCUAAGGAAAUUCAUAGAGAAACAUUUACAGUAUUUAAAAUGCUUAUAUUAGAAAAGAUGAAAGGAUACAAAUCAAUAGUCUCCACUUCCAUUUUAAAAAAUUAGAAAAAGAGGCUAGGCGCAGUGGCUCAUAUCUGUUUAAUCCCA